AUGGCGAAUAGAGUAAGAAGGAUGAUUCGUGAAGAAGUUGGGGAUGGAUACUUUUGUAUUCUUGUUGAUGAAGCACAAGAUGCAUCUAAGAGAGAACAAAUGACUAUUAUUUUGAGGUUUGUGAAUGGUCAGGGUAUUUUGACGGAACGCUACUUUGAUAUCAAAAGUGUCAGCGACACCACAUCAUCAAGUCUAAAAAAUGAGAUUGUAAAUGUUCUUGCUCAACAUGAACUUGAAGUGUCAAAAAUGAGAGGCCAAGGAUAUGAUGGUGCUAGUAAUAUGCGGGGCGCUUGGAAUGGACUUCAGGCAUUAUUUCUUAGAGAUUGUCCGUAUGCAUAUUACGUCCACUGUUUCGCUCAUCGAUUACAGUUGGUAUUGGUUUAUGCAGCUAAAGAAGUUGAUGUUAUUUGGGAGUUCUUUUCUCAUCUGGACAAUAUUAUCAACAUUAUCACUUCUUCCCCUAAGCGUGUUAUGGAGUUACAAUCUGCUCAAAGAAUUGAAAUUGAGCAAAUGUUAGCUAUCGGGGAGCGUGAGUCUGGAAGUGGAGCAAAUCAAGUAGGUAAUUUACAACGAUCAGGAGCAACUCGUUGGAGUUCUCAUUAUGACUCUAUAAAGAGCUUAAUAGAUAUGUAUAAUGCAACUUGCGCAGUGUUUGAAAAUCUUAGUGUUCAUUGUCCAAAUGGAAAAUCUCGAGGUGAAGUUCGUGGUACUUACAAACAUAUGAAAAGUUUUGAUUUCGUGUUUAGUUUGCAUUUAAUGCAUACCAUCAUUAGAAUAACCGAUGUUCUUUGUCAAGCCUUCAAAGGAAAUCUCAAGACAUUCUGA